AGUAUUUGUUACGCGAGUUGUGCCCUGAAGUUAGAUCGCGAACAAAUAGAGCACUUCUAUCGCUUACGUCUUCGAAGAGAUGCCAUAUUUACCGAAGCGCUGACCGCUCUUAUAAUCGCCACUCUGUCUAAACUCGAUUGUCAUUCAUUUAUGCAAACUGUAACUCAAACACAAACUGUGUUAUCACAACACGAGGCACUCCUCAGCUGUCACGCCGACGAGAUGUCAAUGUUGGAGGACAUGCACUACGCUAUCAAUCAAUUGAACACUUGUGUUAAAUUUGUAUUUCAAAAGUCCAGUGAAUUGAGUUUUCAGCCAAAAAUUGAAGGCAACAGAGUGACAUUUUAUGUCCGAGAUUUGCCGACAACUCUAAACAGAAUUGAGACAAACCUCUUGUCAUUACUCUUUAACAUUGGAAUCAACGAAUACGCGACUCUUGCAGAAACUUUGGGUUCCGUUAAACUUCAAGAAACAAUUAACAAAGAAAACUAUUUGCGAUUAGAAGCCCAUGUGAUUAAAUAUUGGUCGAAUAGCCCGAUAGCCAAUUCACAGAUGGGUUCACUAAAGUCCGAGAUUUGGUCGAAUAGAGCCAAAAAUAUCCGUGUCUUACAUUUGGCCGAAGAAGUGGUUCAAUGUGUUGAUGGCAUUCGCUUCACGAGCUGUAAGAGCGCUAAAGACAGGACUUCGAUGGCCGUCACUCUAGAAGAAGCUCGUCUUUGUGCGCAACUCUUUGAUAUCUGUGAAGUGAAUGAAAUGCAAUGGUUUCAGACCGUUGUCGACACUCUUCGAAGUGAGGGCACCCGUCGGGAGAACACUAAGAAGAAUGUGGGCGUUGCUAAGUAUGCAUUCAAUUCAUUACAAUUGAUGACAUUUCCCAAACUGUUGAGAGCCCCGAACGGCACCUAUUCAUCGAUUGAGACUUAAAAUUUCUUACUCUAAUUAACCGGUUAUUUAUUGAUACAAAUUUAUUAUAAUUAAAAUCACUUUUAUUGAAUACAUAUAAUAUAUAUUUAAAAUAACUUAAAUUUAUACUCUAAGUCAUACACCUAUUUGUUGGCUGAAACUCAUUAUAAUUCAGUGCCA